GAGCUGCAGACAAAAGCGGCGUGGGCUGCCGGGUGGCCCCGCACAGACGGCCGGAGCGGUGAAGGCUGUGGCAGCUGCUGCAGCAGGGCUGGGGCUGGGGCUGGGGCUGGCAGCCCGGGCGGCCGCGAGCGGCAUGGGCAAAGGCGGAGAGCAGGGAGAUGAGUGCUCCGCCGAACGGGAUGCACCAGUGCUGCCCACCUACAGCUGGGAGGAGGUCCAGAAGCACAACCUGCGCACCGACCAGUGGCUGGUCAUCGACCGCAAGAUCUACAACAUCACCCAGUGGUCCGGCCGCCACCCGGGCGGACACCGGGUCAUCAGCCACUACGCUGGCGAAGAUGCCACGGAUGCUUUCCUUGCCUUCCACCAGGACCUGCAUUUUGUGAGGAAGUUCAUGAAGCCCCUGCUAAUUGGGGAGCUGGCCCCUGGGGAGCCCAGCCAAGACCGUGGCAAGAGUCCUCAGAUUACAGAGGACUUCCGAGCCCUGAGGAAGACUGCGCAAGACAUGAAGCUCUUUGAGGCCAACCACAUGUUCUUCCUCCUGCUCCUGGCCCACAUCAUCAUCAUGGAGAGCGUUGGCUGGUUCACCAUUUUCUAUUUUGGCACCGGCUGGAUCUCAACCAUCUUGACAGCCUUCAUCUUAGCAACCUCCCAGGCCCAGGCUGGAUGGCUCCAACAUGACUAUGGCCACUUGUCAGUCUACAAGACAACCAGGUGGAACCACUUUGUUCACAAAUUUGUGAUCGGCCACCUCAAGGGAGCCUCGGCUAACUGGUGGAAUCAUCGGCACUUCCAGCACCACGCCAAGCCCAACAUCUUCCAGAAGGACCCCGACGUGAACAUGCUUCAUGUCUUUGUCCUGGGCGAGUGGCAGCCAGUGGAGUACGGCAAGAAGAAACUGAAAUACCUGCCUUACAACCACCAGCAUAAGUACUUCUUUCUGAUCGGGCCACCAUUGCUCAUUCCGAUGUACUUCCAGUUUCAGAUCAUCAUGACCAUGAUUGUGCGCAAAGACUGGGUGGACUUGGCAUGGGCCAUCAGUUACUACACCCGCUUCUUCAUCACCUACAUCCCUUUCUAUGGAGUCCUGGGAUCCCUCUGUUUCCUCAACUUCAUCAGGUUCUUGGAGAGCCACUGGUUUGUGUGGGUCACACAGAUGAAUCAUAUUCCUAUGGACAUCAAUCGGGAGAAGUACCAAGAUUGGCUCAGUAUCCAGCUUUCAGCCACUUGCAACGUAGAACAGUCCUUCUUCAAUGACUGGUUCAGCGGCCACCUCAACUUCCAGAUUGAGCACCAUCUCUUCCCCACCAUGCCACGUCACAAUUACCACAAGGUCGCCCCCCUGGUCAAGUCUCUGUGUGAAAAGCAUGGCAUCCUUUACCAAGAGAAGCCCCUCAUGAGAGCCCUCCUGGACAUUGUGGGGUCCUUGAAGAAGUCAGGAGACCUCUGGUUGGAUGCUUAUCUCCACAAAUGAAGCCCCCCCCACCCACCUUUAGGGACCUGUGGGGAAGGGAGGCAGGGACUGAGCAGCACGUUUGGGUUCCAGCAACCCAAGCUCCUCCAACAGGGCCCAGGGCCAUUUCAGGAAACCCCUGAGAGAGCCCCCCACGACAUCUCCUCCUUCUUUUGUCUCUCUGCCUCCCCUUUUCUCUCUUCUGUCUCUGUCUCCCUCUUUCCUCUCUCUCUCUCCCCUUCAUUCUCUCUUUCUUCACUCUUUGUCUGCCUUCUCUCUCUUUCUUCCUUCCUAUCUCCAUCUCUUCUCUCUCUUCUCUCACUCUCUCUUCUCUUUCUUCUCUCUUCUCUCUCUCUCUCUCUCUCUCUCCCUCUCCCUCUCUCUCCCUCUCCUCUUUCUUUCUUCACUCUCUCUGUCUUCUCUUUCUUCUCUCUUCUCUUUCUUCUCUCUUCUCUCUCUCUCUCUCUCUCUCUCUCUCUCUCUCUCUCUCUCUCUCUCUCUCUCUCUCUCUCUCUCUGUAGCACAGUUCCAUUCUCCUGUUUCCUGGCAUCUGGCAGUGGCUGAUCUGACCUGGUUUUUUUCAGGGGAUGGGGGUGUAGUGGUCAGGAAACAUGAUGGGCCCUUUGGCUGUUGGAGUCAAUAGGAUCCAAGCCUAAAUGUUGGGUCUCAUUCCUCAUCACAUUCCAAGUCUGGCUUCUGCUGGCUUCACAUGACAGGCCGCCCUCCUUCUUCACCCUGCCCAGCUCUUUCUUCCUCGAGGAAACAAAAGAGAUGGACUGUGUUGUCUUCAGUCUCCAGCUUCCCCCCGCCCCCCAGCCCCCAGCCCCUGCCUGUCGUCAGGGUAGGAGGCUUCAGCCAGUUGCUGGCCUGGCCUCUGGGUCUCAGCCCAUCACUUUUUGCACCCCCUGGGACAUUCAAUCAUCACUAGCCCUCAGACCUUCUCUUUGGGGCCUACUUAGCCAGGCCUUCCUUGGAGAGGCCCUCAGCCCUCAGUCCCACUGGCCAUUUCACACUGAGCCUGAGCAGCUCACAAACGGCCUGCUGAUUUGUCCUGAAGUGUGGGUUGUUCUUAGGCCCAGAGCCUUGGGGGCCCUCCCUCAGAGGAUUGGCCUGCUGUGGCAGGAGGAACACCAGAUGUGGAAUAAGGAGAUCUGGGCUCAAAUUCCAUCUCAGUGACUUACUACCUGUAUGAUGCUCAGAAAGCAAUUUGGGCUUCAUUUUCUUCUGUCAAGUGAGGGGAUCGGACUGGAUGGAGCCUAAGGUUCCCCCAAGUCUGAAGCCCUGUGAACCUGUGACCAGCUCAGCCUGGUUUCAGAUUAGAAAUGCCCAGUGCCCCCUUUCCUCCCGAGAGCAUCACUGGCUACCUCUUUCCCUACAGAGCUGGUCCGAAAGUUAAAACUCUGCUAACUUCCAGUCCAGCAUCCCCCAGCCCCAGGUCAUUAGGUCCGAGGGCCUGUCUCUCGGGUUGCCUUUUGAGACUGGCCAGAACAAAUGGGCAGCUGAGGCAGCCGUUCAUCCUGCCUUCUUUGAGUAUCUCUGGAGGGUUUUCUGCCUUCCCUUCAGGAGUGUUCCAACCCUGGAGUCCGAGGGGUUCGCCUACCCCCACUCCCAGCACAGCAUUAAUGCUCGGUGCCUAACUGUGGGAACAUCCAUUUAGAAAGCUGGGAGCAGGGAGGAAGACCUUAGAGAUUACUGAGAGUCCAAGCUCGCCCUCUUUUACAGACGAGGAAACUGAGGCUCAGAAAGGCUUGCCUGAGAUCACACAGGUAGUGAGGAGCGUGGCUUCCAACCCAAGUUUUCUGGCCCUGAAUCUGUUGCUGUUUCUACCAGACUGAGUUGUCUUCUCUUUGGAGGAAUAGCCUUCGGCCUCAGGCCGCCUCUCUCAGGCACACAUCACAGUGGCCUUAAGAUAUCGGAAGGAAUUCUCCGAGUUCUCCUUUUUCGACCCAGAUGCUGGGAGGGGCUGCUUCUUAGGGGGGAGUCCAGAGUCCAAACAUUGCCUCUGAUCCUGUAAUGGGGGUGGGUGGUGGUUGGAUCUUCCCUCAGGUCCCCCUUGUACAUCCAGGACCAAUGCCAAUGGGGGAUUUUCAGGCUUCUUUCCCCAUUUUGGGCCUCACUUUUCUCUCUAUAUAAAAUGAAGGGGUUGGGCUGGAUUUCUAGAGUCCAAUAUCCAGGAUCUCCCUUUUCUACAAGCACCAGCAUGAUCUGUCUCCUCUCACAGACCUUCCUUCCUAGUCCACAGCUGAGGAAAGCCUGGUCUUCUUAGUCCUGGGAGAGGUCUUGUUUCAUUUAGUGUUAAACUAGGGAGCCCCGGGAAAUGGCAUUUUUGGUUCUGGGACCAGGCUCUCUUAGAUAGAUCUCAGAGGGAAGAUGAAGCUUCAGGUGGUGGGGAUGGACAGUCUAGCCUUGGUCUUUGAGGAAACCCCUGAUAAGGGUAGAAGGUGAUGGCUGCCCAGGGAUUGUUGGGGUGGAGGCAGUGCCAAGUCCCACCCUAUUAAGAAGAUUCAGGGCAUAAGGGAGAUAAAAUGGAGGGAUUCUCAGUUGCCCCUUCUUCCCCUCCCCAUGCUGGGCAAGAUUUUGCCAAUCCCACAGCAGGGUCCCCUCUCUGCUUUAGAAAUGCCCAGUCCUACUUGCUACCCUUAGAGCAGGAUGUAUGAGACUCACAAACUUCUGUCUUCUGGGGCCCACCGAGGGCUCUCUGUCCCUUAGUUAUCUGCUCUGAUAGCUAUUUUCAGGUUGAGCGCAAGAACUAGAUUUAGGCUGGUCAUGUUCCUGUGGACCACCCCCCCCCAUUCCAAAGGUGUGGGGUGGUGGUUAAAAGUAUUCGCUGUCCAUAGCACUCCCUUUAAAAGUUUUAACUAGAUUAGAAUGUAUGCUGUUGUCAAUGGAGGGGUCCUUCAGUGCUGCCCUCCCCGCCCUUCUCCCCCGAUGUCCCUGAGCCUGCUAGAGGGGGCAGGUUGGUUGGAGAUGGUAACAUGGAAGUGAGCCCUAAAUCCUACUUGCUCAUCUGAUCUGCAGAGGGCCCUUGUACAAGGAGAGGCCUGAGUGACCUGGAGGUUUGGAGGAGGAGAAGGGAAGGGACCCAGAGAAAGGAUUAAAGAUUGAGAAGGAGAAAGUGAGGAAAGGAGUUUGUGCUGGAGGAGGAGAGUCUAAGAAGGUGAGGGAUGGAGAAGGGAUGAGGCAGCUAACAGUCCAGGUGGGAGCCCAGGGGGAUGGGAGGAGUGCCUGGCAUCCCUGUCCUCCACAUCAGGGUCUCUAGCCUACUGACAGAUCUGUUCUCCCCGUGAAAAUGAGGAAGGUGAUGUUUUAGGUCCAUAGUGUGGCAGCCUGGGAUGGAAGGCGGCAGGCAGGAAUAAUUCCCAUCUCUAGCCAAGCUGGCGUUUCUCACUUGGGGCUGGCUCUUCCUCCCUGGUGGUAGUUCGGAACUGAAUGUUCUUCAUGUUUAAAGGGACCUUUCCUGACCCCCUCACCCCGUCCUCAAGCCACUGUCCCCUUUCCCCCCAUGGAGGCAGAAUUCUUAGGAAACAAGAACUGAUUUUAUGACUUUCCAUCCCCUCCCCCACUCCCCCCGCAAUGCUUUGGGAACGAAUGAAAGGCUUGUUUUGUUCUGGUGUUCUGGUUACUCAAUAAAAAUCAACCUUUUGUGUUAA